UCUUCUUCUUCUUCUUCUUCUUCUUAAAGGACAACGACGAUUAGCUCAGAUAUCAGUUGAUGAUCACCCAGCUGGGGAAGAGGUAGAGGAAAGUAGUUGUCAGCUACUACAAACCGUUAAUAUUUCUUUUUAUAUACACAUAGCCAAUAUCUUAUCCAAACACCAAACUUCAUUAUGACCAACCAAGUUAAACACCCAAUUCCACUUCCAGUUGUAGUUGUUUUGCUUCUUUUUUUAACAAUCCUUUGUAAAACAAGAGCCAGUAUCACCACUGAAACUGAAGCUUUAUUGAAAUGGAAAGCAAGUUUGCCAAAGCAAUCAAUUCUAGACACAUGGGUGGUUCUUCCAUCAAACUCAUCAAGCUCCUCAUCCAAAGCCUCAAAUCCAUGUCAAUGGAAGGGAAUUACUUGCAACAAUGAAAGCACUCAUGUCAUAGAAAUCAAUUUGGCUCACACUGGUUUGAAUGGUACUAUUGAAAGUUUAGACUUUUCUUCAUUUCCCAACCUUCUUAGAUUGGAUCUCAAAUUGAAUAAUCUCAAUGGAUCCAUUCCACCUUCCAUUGGACUUCUCAGUAAGCUUCAAUUUUUUGAUCUCUCCACCAACUCCUUCAAUAGUACCCUUCCUUCUUCUCUUGCUAAUUUCACCGAGGUUUACGAGCUCGAUGUAUCUCGAAACCACAUUACUGGAGGCUUGCAUCCAAGCUUCUUCCCGACUGAAGAUUCGAAAUUUGGUUGGAAAAGCAUGCAGCACUUGGUUAUGCAAGAUACCAUGGUCGAAGGCGAGCUUCCCGAGGAGUUUGGAAAUAUGAAGUCGCUAAGUAUAAUUGCUCUUGAUCGAUGUAAAUUUUAUGGCUCAAUUCCUAAAUCUAUAGGAAACUUGGAAAAUUUAACCAAACUUCGUCUGAAUGGUAUUGGAAAUUUCAGUGGUGAAAUUCCUGAAGGUAUUGGAAAAUUGACAAAAUUGGUUGAUCUAAGGCUGUUUGGUAACAAGUUAAGUGGGGCAUUGCCUCAAGACUUGGGAAUUUAUUCACCUUUGGUCGAUGUUCAGAUUUUUGAGAACAACUUUACGGGUCCUUUGCCCCCAGGUUUGUGCACCCAUGGCCAGCUUGUUAACCUCACUGCAUUUUCCAACUCUUUCACAGGUCCGAUUCCUAGCUUCAAAAAUUGCCCAAAGUUGUAUAGGCUUCGUUUAGAACACAAUCAAUUAACAGGAAAUGUGGAAGAAGCUUUUGGUGUUUAUCCUAAUUUAACUUACAUUGACUUGAGUGACAAUAAACUGACUGGAAACCUCUCUCCAAACUGGGGGAAAUGCAAGAAUUUGACCAAGUUGAGCAUCGCCACCAACAUGAUUACCGGUGAAAUUCCAAAAGAAAUUACUCAAUUGAAGAAUUUAGUAGUCCUUGAUCUCUCCUUCAACAAUUUCUCUGGACUGAUACCGGAGAAUAUCGGAGAUUUAUCGUCGUUAUCGUCUCUACAGUUGCAAGGGAACCGUCAACUAUCUGGAAACAUACCACUGGAUAUCGGUAGCCUUUCGAAUCUCGAAUCGCUCGAUCUGUCGAUGAACAAGAUUGAAGGUUCGAUCCCUAAGCAAAUUGGAGAUUGCUCAAGGCUUCGAAAUCUAAGCUUGAGUACGAACCGGUUGAACGGUUCGAUCCCAUAUGAGUUAGGGAAUAUUUUGUCCUUGGAAGAUUUGUUGGAUUUGAGUAACAAUUCGUUGGUUGGAGAAAUUCCUUCAUCACUUGGGAAUUUGAUGCAUUUAGAGAGAUUGAGUUUGUCUCAUAAUCAUCUUUCUGGUGAAAUCCCUAAUUCCUUGAAGGAUAUGAUGGGAUUAGUGAGUAUAAAUCUUUCAUUCAACAAUUUAAGUGGACCUCUUCCUUCUGGUGGUGUCUUUGACAAAGCUCAGCUACAAGAUUUUGUUAACAACACAGAUUUAUGUGGAAAUAUUGAGGGCAUGCAAAGAUGUUAUAUUUUCAUGGGAAAAUCCAAAGAUGAAAGAAAGCAGAAGCUAUUGAUUAUUCUGGUUCCAACUUUACUCAGUGUACUAUUAUUCUCUCUAAUACUAUUCGGAAUUAUUUCGUGGUUCCGACGAAAAAAAGUCGUAAAAGAAUCAAACUACACACCAAGAACACCAAAAAUGGAACCAAAAUCACAAUUUGCAAACCUCUGGGAGUACGACGGGAAGCUAGUAUACGACGAGAUAAUCCAAGCAACAGAGAAUUUCGACGACAAAUACUGCAUCGGAAGAGGAGGGUCAGGAACAGUUUACAAAGCCGAAAUGUCGAGUGGUGAGGUAUUCGCAGUAAAGAAGCUCAACCUUUGGGACAGUGACAUGGGGAUGGAGAACUUGAAGAGUUUCAAAAGGGAAGUCGCAACACUAACCGAGAUCCGACAUCGAAACAUAGUUAAGCUUUACGGAUUCUGCUCGAGAGGCGAACACACGUUUUUGGUAUACGAUUUCAUCGAAAGAGGGAGUUUAUGGGAUGUUUUGAGAAGUGAAGAGAAGGCGAUAGAGGUUGAUUGGGUGAAGAGAGUUGAGAUAGUGAAGGGUGUGGCUGAGGCUUUGUAUUAUUUGCAUCAUGACUGCGUUCCGGCGAUCGUCCACUGUGACGUGACAACGAAGAAUGUUUUGUUGGAUGUGGAUUUUGAAGCUCAUGUGGCGGAUUUUGGGACUGCAAGGUUUUUGAAGUUUGAUGCUUUGCAUUCCACUGAUGUUGCUGGCACUCAUGGGUAUAUGGCUCCAGAGCUGGCAUAUACGAGCAAAGUAACAGAAAAAUGUGACAUUUAUAGCUUUGGAGUGGUGAGUUUGGAAGUAUUGAUGGGAAGACAUCCAGGAGAAGCCCUUCUACCUUUACAAAGUUCCGCACAAAAGGCGAUUGAGAUGGAAGCGUCGUUGGAUCCUCGCCUUGCAUGCCCUCAAACAGGAAAGCUUUUAAGUGAAUUGAGCUCCCUUGUGAGCAUAGCAAUCUCUUGUGUGCAAGCUGAGCCUCAUUUACGCCCCACUAUGCACAACGUCUGUCGUUUGAUGGGAUUGAAGUGAGAAAAGAGCCUUUAUCAAAGGGAUCAAUAAUAUAAUCUGAAAGAAAAUAAUGUCAAUUAUGGUGUUUUGUAGCAACAUUAAUUAAUCGUUGGAGUUUCAUUAGGUACUAGCAUCAUUAACUUUCAAAGAAGUUAAAACUCUAAUAAAUAGAGGUUUCUUUUUAACUAUUAUGGUUGAUUGUAAAAAAGUGAUGAUAGCACUCAAUCGAAGAUGGUUUCCAUCCCUUUUAUUUAUUUUUGUUGGAAAA